AUGAAGUCCCGACUUCUAGCCUCUCGUUUUGCAUCAGUAUUAUCUUCCUCGAAUCUUCGUUCGCCGACUACGACUACCGACCAAGACUACCUCAUCGGGCUCCGUAGCCUUCUCGUAGUUCAGUCGUUCCUGUUCGUCUUCUUCCAGACGUUCCUUCCAUCGGCGGUACCAGACUCGAAAAAUACAAACGGUCCGCUUUACCAGAUUGUCCUUCGGAAGUCUUUUUCGGUACUGUUUUGUAACGAAUCAUUGAUCUACUCGUGGUUCAUCUUCCUCUCAGCGCGCACGAUCUGCGUACCGUACCUCGUAGACAACGCUCGCGGAGUCUGCGCAUCCAGCGUCUUCCGUCGCUGCAUCAGACUAUGGAUUCCAACAUUUGUCGCGUACUCGCUCGCAGCUGCGGCAUUCAGCAUCGCGUCCACCGACUACAUCUCCGAAUUCCUACAUGUCACUGGCAAUGUCUCGACAAAUACGCCAAUGCGACUCCGAAACUUCCUGGUGUACUUCAACUCGCUUUUCGAGGUCUUCUGGCUCAAUAAAUACUACAGCAAUCAAGCUGCAGCUAAAGUCUUCCCCUCUGGUACUCUUUGGAUUGUAUCCGUCCUCUUCCAGCAAAGCUAUACAGUCUACAUGACGAUGACGAUCGUCCCCUACACACGCGUAUCCUGGCGCGUCAAGGCACUGCUCGUGUUCAUCGUGGCAGCUUUCUGGGUGCAGAGUUGGGCCUGGUACAGCAUUACCGGUCUGCUCAUCGCGGAUGCGGUCUUCAACAUGGACUUUCGGUCUAGGUCGCGUGCCGGUUUGCGGGUGAGGAAGUUCCGAGUUCCCAUCUGGCCGUUGUACAUUGCCAUGGUCGUCACGGGUGUGGUGCUCCAGUACCUAUUCAUCUCCUGGAACCCAAAGAUGCGGGACCACGAGCUGUAUGGACAUACUGGGUUAUAUGAGACCGGCGUGCUGAACGAGAACCUGGAUGUGGAUCAGCCACUAGCGAGAGUAGACAGUUACCUUAUCAUCUUGGGUGUCAUGCUCCUGGUCGAAACGUUCAGUUGGCCGCAGAAAGUGCUUCGGUACAAGCCUUUCGUCGCGUUGGGCAGGCGAAGCUUCAGUUUCUUUCUCGUCCAAUCUAUUAUCGUCUACACAGCCGGCAUCAAGUUGUUCCUCCACAUCAAAGCCACUGGUACAGGCGACGCCGUAAAUAACUUUGCAUGCUUCUGCGUCUGCGCGCCAUUAGUCGCGCUAGCGUCGGAAGUCUUCUACCGCCUCGUUGAUCUCCCGAGUGUAGUUCUAGCAAGAAUUUUCUGGACAUGGAUGACGAAAUAA